CGCUUUGAACGUUUUUGAAUGGAAAAAUGUUUCUAUAACGAGUAGGCCUAGCUGGAAAGUGAAAGGUUUUUCGAACAUGCGCAGUUAUUGUUACAGUAACACGAGACAAUACUCGCUGUGAAAAAUCAACUGCCAGUUGUUUCGGUCCGGCCCGUUACUGGCAGUUGCUGGGGAAAGAAAAGCAGUUGAAUUAUUGAUCAUUCAACUAUUGUUUCUUUUACAUCAACCUGAAUUAAUUUGGGCAAACAGUCUGCUGGGUCUGUGGGCCAAUUACACGCAACGGCGUGGGGCAGACAACUGUAGCAGACGAUAAAUUGGUAAAUAGAUCUGCGAGAACUGGAAGCAGCCGACAGAAGAUGCGUAUGUAUAGAUGGCUAACAACUUUAAAGUGAUCGUGUCGAUUAAAAAACAGCCCAAAGAUGAACCAGUGUUUCAAAAGCAUGACGGGGAGAGAUUCCAGCAUUCUUGCCACACGGUGAAACUUAAUACCAACGCGAAAUAUACGGUGACAGUGUUGUUCCGUCCAGAGAAAACUCUAACACGACUCCAGAUUCAGGGAGAACGUGCCGAAUUCUCACGUGUUAAGCUGGACAAGAACGAAGACGAUGCCUGUCAGUAUCAAGCUGAAUGGUCUACAAUUGGAUCCGAUAUCUCAAAGAGUGGCAAGAGAAAAGAGGUGCCAUUAGUUCUGGAGAUGACGAACGGUGUAACGAUGAAAGUGACACUGCAGGUGAAGUUUUACAAAGAUGAGGAGACUGUACACUGUUGUUGGGGCCAGGAGCUACACUCUAUUCAAUACGAGUGUUAUGUACCAGACGGAUGUACAUUCGUGGAUGUGAAAAAAGAGAAAUAUUUGUGAUGGUCUUUCCUAGUCAACACGACGAUUAUAUAAUGAAAUAUAUAAAAGAAUACUCAUGCACGAGACAUGCAUGUGAUUAACAACUAUACAAUGGAAAACAGUCUGUGUUACUUUAAAAGCGGUUUUGAUUUCUACACUUAUAUUAUUUCAGCAAUAAUGUUACGAUCAUAGGCGUCGGGAUAGGGCGGGUUUUUAUAGGUCUUCCCAGCCUCCGUGAGCUUGUUUCGUUUUUUUUAAAAUAAUUUCAGUUUGAUUUGACAUAAGAAGAAAAGUAAAAGUGUUUUGGAAAUAAUAACACCCACCCCACUAUUUUUGUAUGCAAUUAAGAAAACAAUCUGCUCAGAAAUAAAUAACUUGUUCCGACAUUCCAGAUGGGAAGGACUAUAGAGGAUUAUGCAUUCCACUCCACCCCAGCUGAAAGGCGAAUCAAUAUAUAUACCGGCACGGUGGUAUGGUUAAGCCAUCGGACAGGGUUGGUAGGUACAGGGUUCGCAGUCCGGCACCGGCUCCCACCCAGAGCGAGUUUUAACGACUCAAUGGGUGGGUAGGUGUAAGACCACUACACUCUCUUCUCUC